GGGACUAUUCCUCUACAAACAGAAGACAUGACAUGGCUCUGCAUGUUGCGUUGUGUCUGCUGUGUCUCUGACACUGGAAGCCCUCUGAGACCAGAGCCGGACUGCUGUUAGCCUUCUCAGCGUUUGCUUAGAUCAGAUCAUCCUGGCUUUGGAUUUUAUGGGUCUCGCUUAGUUCAGCUCAGAAUCGAUUCAGAAUUGGCUUGGAACGAAUGCAGGUCAAUCCGGACCGGUUCAGAGAGGUCGGCCCAAGCUGCGACUGGUUGGGACUGGUUUGGAUGAAUAAAGGGUCGGUCUUAAAUGUCCCUGCACGAGUUUCUUCGGGAGGGCCAGGAUGCCCCGCAGAGGAUCCUGUCUCGACUGACCCAGCUUCUCUACAACCUAUCAGCUACUGUCUUACAGGGGGUCCCAUUCUCUCCUUUCACAAGCUUCAGCCGCAAGAGCUCGUGGAAGGACUGGAACGAUGAGAUUAUGCUGCAGGAGAAUAGUCCUCUGUGCGCUGCAGACAUCAACCCUGAUCUCAGGAAACAGUUUGCCUUCCUGUCAGGUGGUCGAGGACAGAAUGGCAGUCCCAUCAUCACCUUCCCAGAGUACCCGGCGUUUGGCGAGCUGGAGGAGGAAGAGUUCCACAACGUGCUGACGUACCUUACCAGCGUUCCCAGUCUCAGCUCGACGGGGGUCGGCUUCAUUCUGGUCAUUGACCGCCGGCAAGACAGAUGGGCGUCAGUGAAGGGGACGCUGCUGCGGAUUGCGGGCUCUUUCCCAGGCAACCUGCAGCUGGUGCUGGUACUGAGACCCACAACACUUUUCCAGCGGACGAUAUCAGACAUUUUGUUUAAAUUAAACAAGGAUGAGUUUAAAAUGAAGGUGCCGGUGAUUAUGCUCAGCUCUGUGACUGAGCUCCACAGCUACAUCGACCGCACACAGCUCACUCAGGAACUGGGCGGCACGCAGGAGUACUGCCACGAGAAAUGGAUUUCACAUCGCACCGCCAUCGAAGGUUUUGCUCUGAUGGUGAAGAAAACGGCACAGAUUCUGCAGUCUUUCGGGACAGAGCUGGCCGAGACAGAACUGCCCAAUGAUGUAGAGGCCACGUCUAACCUUCUGACCAUCCACACCGAGAAGAAAGACAAGAUGAAGGAAGACUUGAGGAUUGCUCUCUGUCAAGGCGGACGCUUGUUGGAGAGCAUCAAUGAGCCGGUGGUGAAAGAUCCAGAUUACACAAUGAACCAGGAUGAACAGGAGAACUUGUCUACUGUUCAGAGGCUGCUCGGUCAGUUGGAUGAGACGGAAAUGGCGUUUGAUGAUUUCUGGGACAAACAUCAAACCAAGCUGGAGCAAUGUUUGCAAUUGCGGCACUUUGAGCAGAACUUUAGAGAGGUCAGAGCUCAAUUAGAUCUGGUGUACGACAGACUAACGGGUUUCUCAGAAGUGGGAAUAAGCCCCGCCCACGCUGAACAUAUCCUGAAAGAGCUGACCACUCAUGAAGAGAGAACAUGUGCGGUGUUGGACCGGGCGCUGUCCCUGGCGUGUGAUGCGGACCGGCUCAUUGAAGCAUCUCAUUACGCUGUGGACUCCAUCCUGCCCAAAUGUUAUGACCUGCGAGCUCUGUGUGAGGAGAUCAGUGUUGUCCUGAAGGCCAAGAAAGCACAUCUGCUCAAAGCCAUGGAGCUACAUCAGUGCCUGGAUAAGGCCUCCAAAUGGUGUGAAGAUGGCAUCUACCUGCUGGCAUCCCAGCCUGUGGAUAAGUGUCAAUCACAGGAUGGGGCGGAGUCAGCGCUGCAGGAGAUUGAGCGUUACUUGGAUACAGCCAAUCAGAACAAGCUGACCGAUUUGAGUGGAAUUUGGAGGGAAUACGAAUCAGUGCUCACACAAGAUUUCAGGGAUCAGGUGGACCUAGUGUUUCAGAAGCAGACGUCCAUGCAGGAGAUGUUUGAGAAGAGGAGAGUCAGCUUGAAAAAGUUAGCAGCCAAACAAACGCGUCCCGUGCAGCCGGUCGCCCCGCGUCCAGAGGCCAUCAUCAAAUCGCCCCUGUCCUCUCCAGUUCACAGGGAGAAGACAAUCGAGGGUGACAUCAUCAAUGGAAACUGCAGAAAGGGAGACACAAACUUGCAGAAAGACGGCAGUAGACACCCGUCUGUCUCUGAUGCGGAGGAGAACUUCGCUGUGCUCAGACGGCACGUGAUGAAUGAGCUGUUGGAGACGGAGAGGGCUUAUGUAGAGGAACUGCUCUGUGUGCUGGAGGGCUAUGCAGCAGAGAUGGAUAACCCAUCCAUGGCUCAUCUCAUCCCCAACACAUUACUUCAUAAGAAGGACGUCCUCUUCGGCAACAUGACCGAGAUAUACCAGUUUCACAAAAAAACGUUUCUUCGUGAGCUGGAGGCAUACACGGACUACCCUGAGCUGGUGGGCCGGUGUUUCCUGGAGAGGAUGACAGAUCUGCAGAUCUAUGAGAAGUACUGUCAGAACAAGCCUCGCUCUGAGUCUUUAUGGAGACAGUGCUCGGACUGCGCUUUCUUUCAGGAGUGUCAAAAGAAACUGGAACAUAAGCUUGGUUUGGACUCGUACCUGCUCAAACCCGUUCAGAGAAUAACCAAAUAUCAGCUUUUACUGAAGGAACUACUGAAGUACAGUAAAGGCUGCGAGGGUGAAGACGACCUGCAGGAGGCGCUCUCCUCUAUAAUAGGAAUCCUAAAGGCUGUCAAUGACUCCAUGCAUCUUAUCGCCAUCACUGGAUAUGAAGGUAACCUGAGUGAUCUGGGCCGUUUGAUGAUGCAGGGGUCGUUCAGCGUGUGGACGGAGCAUAAGAAGGGUCACGCAAAGGUCAAAGACCUGGCACGGUUCAAGCCCAUGCAGAGACACCUGUUCCUCCACCAGAAAGCUCUGCUGUUCUGUAAGAAGAGAGAUGAGAACGGGGAGGGUUAUGAGAAAGCCCCUUCAUACAGCUUCAAACACUCACUCAACAUGAGUGCCGUUGGUAUUACGGAAAAUGCAAAAGGAGACAACAAAAAGUUUGAGAUCUGGUGUAACUCCCGAGAGGAGGUGUAUAUUGUACAGGCACCGACAACAGAGAUCAAAACAACAUGGGUGAAUGAGAUCCGGAAGGUUCUGACUGGCCAGCUGAAAGCCUGCCGGGAAGCAAGCCAGCAGAAGAGUUCAGAGCCGUUAACUCCCACCAGCACCACCCUGAUCAUGAGCCCCUUUAAGACCACCCAAAAGACCCUCAAGAAGGGAGACGAGAAGAAAACUGAACCAACAGUAGCGGAUCCCAGCACAACGUCGUUACCCAAAAACAGUGACAAGGUCAAAGAAGAGACUGUCACCAGUCCCAACACUGAGAGAGCUGCAGUGGCUAAAAAGCGUUUUACACUGCAGGGCUUCAGUAACCUCAAGAGCCAAAAAGGAUGCCCCCCUAGUCCCGACCACAAAACUAAAAGACACGAGAUUAAGAGCGACCCCACGCCAUUUGGCUUCAGAGACGCAGGUCCUCACAUCACUCUUACCCGAGUGAGGUGGCUGAGCACAUCUAGUCUGUUACAGGCUAAACGGAGAGGGUUCACCAAGGCGUCGCUGUCUAUGGAAGCGUCUGAGGAGAACGACGGCUACUCGAGCACGGAGGAACCCAUGAACUCUGAUCCCGAGGAGGAGGGAGGGAAGAAACUGUCUCCAGGCAGGUAUGUGGUAGUUGCUGACUAUGACAAAAGCGGAGCGCAGGAGCUGACGGUAAAGAGUGGAGACACAGUGCAGCUGGUGAGGGAGGGAGAUGAUGGACGCUGGUUUGUUCGUAAUAUGAGGACUAAUAAAGAGGGCUGGGUUUCUGCUGCAAACCUGCUAACGCUUAUCGGAGAAUCCAGAUCGUCUCAAUCUCUCUCCAGCUCAGAAGGCAGUGGAUCUGGAAACCUCAGCACGUCUUCCAGCUGCAGUGAGACCUACACGAGCUUCUCGGACAUUAAGGCCUGAAGCCGGUGUCUCGACGCCGCCGCCGCUCCCUUGUGGCAGCUCAUCACAGUGCACUUUCUACUGAAGCUACACGAGUCUUUGUACUGUAUUUAACCUCCUUAGCUGAGGGGAAAAAACAGACAUUGAGGAUGUUUAAGCGUCAAUCCUUCUCAGCAUUUACCUCUUUAUAAGGGAAGAUAUACAGUUUUGCUAUCCUUCUUUUUUUUCAAAAUGAUACUGUUACCUUCUUUCACGUUUGCUGGAUUAUAAAAAAGGAUUCUUCAAAAAGAGUGAUUGGGCGGAGUCAUCAGUUACAUCAGAGUAGCCUGCAGUUUUUCCAUGGAAACAUAAUAGGGUCUCUCCAAGCCCCCAUCAGUUUGAUCGUAUCCGUGUAUUUUUGAAAUGUCUAAAUUUCUUACUGUCAUAAGCUCCUGUGUGAUUUGCUGUAGCAGCAAGAAGAUGAUAUAUUGCGUUUUUUACGAUAAAGAUUCCUGAGGGUUAUGCCUGGUUGAAAUGACUGUGAAAAGUCCUGUCAUUCACUGUAUGUAUUAAUCAAAAUCUGUAUAGUUUAAAUUAUUUCCUGUAAAAGAAGAUUUGUACAGAUAUUAACUUUUAUCUCAUGUUUUUCAUUAAAACAGUAUAUAUAUAUAUAUAUAUAUAUAAAUAUACAUAUUGUAUAUGAUGACCACUAUUGUCGUGUGUCAAUGAAUUGUAUUUUGUUGAAUGUGUCACGUUACUGAUCUACACCCUUCAUGUACACAUGGUAUUACAUUUGUUCUGUAACAGCAUACCAAUUUGUAUUCACAUUUUGUUCAUGUGUCGUCAUUCUCUGUCAUUUAAGUGGUUAAAAAACAAAACUUACAAUUUGUGUUUAAAUCAGGAUUUCACUUGCAAGGACUUCAUUUAAAAAAGAUUUAAGUGUUUAUUAAUGUUCAAAUGAAACACUCGGUUUAGGCAAAGAACUAUUAUACUUUUUUGAUGACAUUUCUGUCAAACAUUUCUGUGUUUUAAUUCAAGGUCACAACUGCAAAUGUGUCUUUUAUACGGUUCUGCAAUACAAAGUCACCGUCAUCUUUUACAUUUUAUGUGGCACAUUGCUGCUUGUUAGUUUUAUUCGUCCACGUUUUCGUUUUGGCAUUAAAACUGUAUUAGACUUGUGUACCUGUAUAUGUGUAAAUAUGUAUUUAAGAGGUUGUAUGAGAUGAAUAAAUUUAAAAUGCUUAGGCUUGAAUAAACUUCACGGAAACAUU